AUGUCUGCAUUUAGAAGCUGCAUUACACAUGUUAUUUGCAAGUGCAUUCUCGUUCUACCCUGUGGCAGGCGUCGAUCGGAAGUGAUGUUGGACUCUGGAGAAGUUCCAGUUGAGCCACGGCAGAUGCGAACCAGAAAACAGAGAACAGCCCAGGGGUGUUGUGGUAUUGGCCCUCUUGGAAGACAACAGGAGCAUGACAGCAGGGAGUGGUGCACUGGAAUCGAGGAGCGGAGAUGCGCCCCUUGGAAUGGGUGGCUGAAGUUCUUCCAAACUGACUAUGAAGCAGAGUUUUGGAACGCCAGGAUGGCUAACCUGCUGCAAGGCAGAGAUUUCCUUGCCUUUGCCUAUGCCCUGAUGUAUUUUGCUUGCAUGGCGCUCCAAUUUGCACAGCUUCAGGGCGAGGCCCCCGGCGUAGCGCACAAAGUGGACGGCUUUCUUGUGGUGUUCCUGGUUUUCGUAGGAUGGGCGGCAGUGGAGAGCUACAGGUCGUCAGACCGAUACAGAUCUCAUCGGCUAGUGGUUGUUGGAAGUGUUAGGUUCCUGUCCGUCAUUUUCAGCUCGAGGUACACAUCGAUGCUGGACCCACACAUGGCAGAUGUCGGGACUUUCUUCCAUGUGCUGCUCCGCAAGUCCACAUUGACAGUGCUGAUGAUAUCCCCGCUGCUCUUGCAGCUUCCCUUCCCGGUGCAUACCGCCGUGAACAGCGCAAGCCUGCUGGUUGCACUGCUGUGGGCCACUCCCAAUUACUGCCAGGCCUGGACAGGGUCCUACAGCUUCACUCACGUUGCAAAACUGCUCGAAGAGGGCGUGAACACUUUCUUGAUGAUGGGGGCCGGUGGACAGGCAGAUUCGAGCAAGGAAAUUUCGUCGGGGCAGUCCUGUUGGCUCGUUGUGUCGUUCAUCCAGGUCGUGCUGGGGUUUGUGGUGCCGACUGCGCUUGUUUAUGGCAUGGAAGCGCUUGCGCGCACACAGUACUUGCUCCAAAGAUUCCCAGCGACAGCUCGCUUCUGCCUGCCCGAGCGCCAUGGUCUAGUGGUACUGAUAGUGGGGAUGGUUGCUGUCACCUCAUCGGUGGCGUGGAUAUGCCUCAGGGCAUUCCUGGAACUUGGUGAACUGAAUCUUGGGGCUUUGGGAACAACCUCUAGCUAG